AUGACAUUAAUACUGUCAGUGACUGGGCCUGAUGGCAAUAAUGGACGGGACGGACGCAGUGGAGCAUUCUCUGGUGGAGGACGGAACGGAAGAAAUGGAGAGAAUGCCACAGAUCCAACCUCUGGAAUUGAUGGCGGAGAAAUCGAUCUAUCUCUCGUCGAAAGAGACGAUAUAAACGGUGCCUCGGUUGAAAUGUCAGGUCACUUUUGUAGGCCAGGUUAUCAUGUUGACAAUUUUGAACAAACGUAUAUUUGUGCUACAGAUGAUUUGUUUAUUUUGGAAGCUCGCGGAGGAAAUGGUGGAAACGGUGGUAGCGGAGGAAACGGAGGGGAUGGCGCUGCUGGCAAAAAUGGAAAAAACGCGACCAAGUAUUCUUCUGGAGGUGACGGAGGAAGAGGAGGUGAUGGGGGCGAUGCAGGCGCAGGAACCAGCGGUGCCGAUGGUGGAGAAGGCGGCAGCAUUACCUUGCGCGUGAGUGAUACUGAUGCCGGAUUGUUAAUGAUGUUUGUACAAAGUUGGACUCCAAGUGUUUCCUAUUCUUUAGAUGUCGAUGGAGGUGCAGGCGGCAAGGCUGGUCGGCAUGGGACACCAGGUAGAGGAGGACCGGGUGGCAAAGGUGGAAGUAGUUACUCAUGGACAGAACAGAUAUAUGUUCGCAACUGGGAAGGAGAGACUGUCCCUCGAUUUGUUAAUCACCACAAACCGGGCGGUUCUGAUGGCCCUUCUGGUAGUAAUGGACGUAGGCCAACGCAUCUUCUUUAUGAUGGGAGGUCAGGUGAUAGCGGUAAAUUCCGAUUCUUGAUUCAAGACAGUAUCACGGACCAAGUCACAGAAUACGACGAGAUUUUUGAUAUACGUUUGCACUACGUCGUUGCUCAUUCUGUUACGGGAGUUUUUGAACCCGAGGCUCAAAUUUACAUAGAUACGUUGACGAUUCACAAUACAUCUAUAAUGCCCACACCGAGACGGGAUAUCUGCGUUAAUGUUAAUGACAACGUAUGGAUUGUUAACAAGGAGGAGAUGGACUAUACAACGCUGCCGCAACUGAUUGCUCCACAGACUUCACUAGAAUAUGACUGUAAACAACCGCUUUCAUUCUUUCUCAGGAAACAUAAAGUGGAUCAGCCGGGACCACCCCUUCGAGCAACUGACUUGUUACGGCUAACAGCGACGAUGACUGGGCUUAGAAAGAUAUUUCCAGCUUUCGAUCUCGAAGGCCGUGUAAUCAACAUUCAAUAUCCUAUCGAGUUUACGCAUAUUUCACACAUGAAUUCUAUGGUGGUUGGCCAAACAGCCAAAGUUAGAUGGGGCGUGCAGAACACAUCUGAUGUCGAUUUUGGCGCCCUCGCUCCAAACGGACGUCGUAUUCGUGUCAGGCUAGACAAGAAGGCCGGCGAGGUUUCGCCUGCUGCCUUGCGAUUUGGCUUGAAAACUGAACAACAAGGGGUCGUCACCGUCCCUCCUGUGCAGACUUUGGAAAGAGAAUAUAUAUUUGAAAUUCCUUUGUUAAGAGCUGGUCAGACUUUACAACUGGAGGCUACUUUAGAGUUAAGCGAAGCGGAGAUAUUUGAAUAUGCGGAAUUUUGGUUAUAUCUGGAACUUGGACAGAUCACGGCACCUUCUUUGCCAAACGUUGUUCACAUUCAAUCCUUUAGUGUCAGAGUUUCUACGAUCUACCGCGGUUUUCCUGCAGGCUUUUACCCGGACGUAUUACUAGUGACAAAUCAUAAUACAGCGCGCCAUGAAUACGUGGCUUGGGCUGACCUACUCAAGCAACAGCUCGGCCUCCGAUUCUUUGUAUGGGAUAUAUCGCAAAUGGGACAUUUCAGUUUUACAAGACCUAUACCAACCCUUUUUUCGAGCGAACCUACUACAUUAAUGAAAGAUCUUGCUGGCAAGACAAUGAUUAUAUUGGAUAACGAGUUUGAAUAUGGAGAUUAUGCUCGAACGGUUACAGCGCUAAGUUUUGUGAUAAAGCGUGAGUGGCUGCAAGCAAUGCACGAAAAUGAUAACAAAUUUUACGUAGUUUAUUCCAAGGCAGACAGAAACUCUCGUUUAGUUGCAUUGGAAGAGUUUGCAAGGACGCCUUUUGAGGCACGGAAGCAGACAAAGUAUACAUUUGAGCGCGUUCAGAACUUAACGAAUCAUUUGACGGCAAUACCCGAUGACUCUUUAAAACAGACAAGCCAACAAAAUGAUGAUGAUGAUAAUAAUGUCUCAGAAGAUAAUACAGAAAUUCCCGAUAUCUUGGUCAAUAUCGAGAAACCGGCUGCCGAUUCUGUGAAAUUGAUUGAUGAGGUCAUUGACGUGAAAAUCAAAGCCAAGCUUUUUCGUAAAAUGCAAACCAGGAUGUCCAAAAAGGCCACGAAAGUUGGCAAAAAUUUAAAAAAGUUCCGUCCUCACAUCCAACAUCUCGUAAUCUACCAAUGGCAUGAGGCGAAAAAGCCUCUUUUCCGAACUAAAAAGAAUCGUAACAAGAAGACUGGCGGAUGUAUAACAGUUGUACCAUCUCUGACGACUACCAAACAAAGAAUCGUUUUUUCAGCUGCUGCUUGGAAUGAAGGUCCCACGGCAUUCGUUCAAACAGUACCAAAUUUGAGAGGUGUUAUUGCAGGCUUAGGAAUCGAUAUUCACUUCAGUCUUUUAGAAAGAAUUUUUAUUACCGGACCCGUCAGUGAAGACUACGAGACCGAUGAUGUAGGCUUGUUCCUCGCAGGAGGCUUCCGAGUACUUGACGAAGGUGAAAAAAUGUUGGCAGAAUUGAUCAAGCAACAGAUCGUUUACGAUGUUGCUGUCGAAUUGUCAACUAUAUGCGACGGGAUUAGUGCCAAUUCUUCUCUUGGGGACGAGCAGAUUCUGGAGAUGAUGGAAAGCUUGCGCCGUUUAGUUUGGAAGACAGAGUCUUUGAGUGGGUCAACGGCGACAACAACUCAAGAUAAGUCACUACCAACAAUAUCUGAAGACAUUUCGUCACCAAACAAUUCAACAGAACUUGAUCAAGCACACUUCGAUCAAAAUAAUGCCUAUACUGAUGAAAUAGUAGGUACACCUCAAAUUUACAGCGAGCUGGUCAAAAAUAACGGGCCAGAUACAACUGCACUUGGUGACAUUAAUGAAGAAGAGGAAACAAUAUUUUACAUGUUCCCUAUCAAACAAGAAACGCCUCUUGGUGAAUGGAUAAUGGAUGUGCUGGCUCAACUUUACGCCUUUAUCAAGUGUCUCCGAGCGGGAAUUCAUCAAUCAAUUUUGCCCAACAGGAGGACCGUAAAGAUACAACAGCAAUCUAUGGAUCUCCUUCACCGUAUAGGAGAUGCUACAAUCGUCAACUUUGCUGAUCCGAGAUCUUCGGCCGCGUUGGAAUCCUUGCGUCAACAGCAAGGAACAGCGAUUGGAAAUCAACAACUGAUAGCAAAUGAGGAAUAUUUUGCACCAAAUACCAAUGAUGGCAACCAGCAGAGUAUAGGGAUUGUUAUUAAAGUCGACUCGUACCAUGACGAUACGUCGACUCCGGUUACAAAUCAAUUCAAUGGAUUAUCAUUUCAUUCUUCGUCGCCAAAGUCUGUUACAUCUGGUCUUUCGUUCGCAUCUGCCAUGACCAGUGCAACAAGAACGUCUUCAUCCAGUUUUUCUAGUAGUGGUACAUCAGCUUCUCGUUCGCGUGUUCCGUUUAAACAAUUGGACCCAGAGCGCCAAAAGAAAAUCAAAUCAUUUAAAAUGGGAGCGAAAUCGCAGCUUCGCAAAAUGAUUCAGAAUCACUACAAACAGUGGAAGAAAGAUGCGAAUUACUUUCUCGGCGGCGUUUUAGACCCAUCGAAAAAGGCUUUACGUCGGAGUGCCAAGAAAGCAGUUUUCGGCCCUUUUGAAGUUUUGGUCGAUAACACAUUGUAUGGACGCGACCUUACGAAGAAAAGUGACGGGCAAAUAGGAGGAGUGCAGAAUAUAGUUAUCUCGGAUCCGGAAUACUCAGAUUUACGAGCAUUGGAGGCACACAAGACUAAUGAUUUGGAAGAUAUGAUUACCAAGUUCUUCCAGUUCCGGAGUGCUAUGGUUGAAGGAGUGCUAUGA